GCCGUCGCUGCCACCCCAGGACACCUGCGUCCCCACAACUACAUUUGCUUGGAAUAUUAUUUAUUUUUAUUAUUUAUUUCAAAUCUUCAGAAUCGCGUAGCGGGCGUCCGUUCCAAUGUGGACAUGUAUUUGGCGGUAGUCUUACUCCUGGCGCCCUGGAUGGUCGGCGGACAAUCUGUCAACUUUACGAUUAACAGUAUUGAACUGCAGGCUUUACCGUCAAAAACCAUAAUAAAUGGCGACAAUCUGCAGUUGAAGUGCCUUGUGGACAUCGCCAAGAUCGGCCACUUUGUGCUGGCCAGUACAUUCACCUUUUUCAAGGACGACAAUCUGAUCCACAAUGUCACCACCACCAGCUCUGAGGCCAUUUACACCAUUCAGAAUGCCAGCGUGUCCCGGUCCGGCUUCUACAAGUGUCAAAUUAAUGCGGAGACGAGACAUAAAACGAGUGAAGAAAUCAAGGUGAAGGUCACCGGGCUGUCGGCACCUUUGAUCAGCAUAACAAAGAUGGAGGUCUCAGAGGGAGAUGAAAUUACAGUCAGAUGUGAAGCCCCAAAUGAGGAACCCCCCAUGACAUUCAACUUCUACAAGACAGUCAAGGAGAGGGGAUUACCAAAAAGGAAGCGCGCCCCCAACACAAAUUAUGCGGAAACCACGUAUGAGAUUAAAGAAGGGGAAAGCAUAUUGCACUUUGAGUGCACCCUAAAGCUGAUGAUCGAGGAUGAGCCAGAGUCACCUUUAAGUAGGAGACAGACGGUGACCGUGGUGGAGCCGUUUAGCACGCCGACUAUCACAGUUCGCCCAUCCAACAAUUUCACCGAAGGGGCGGUCAUGGAGGUGACGUGCACAGUCCAGAAGUCAUACCGGCGCUCCGAGGUAGUGAGCAUCACCUUACAAAAGGGAAACCAAAUUCUGAAGGCUUCCAACUCGGAAAGAUUGACUUAUUCUCAGGUGGCCACCGUGAGCGACAUGGGCAACUACACGUGUAAAGCAGAAGGGAGAACGGCCUCAAAAACCACCAGUGCCAUGGUCAAGGUGAAAGAGCUGUUUCCGAGACCUCGACUAACUCUAAAGCAAAUGAACAACAAGACGGAGUUCAUCAAUGAUGGAGAUCUGGUGACUCUGGAAUGUUCUGUUUCCAGCUUGCCUCCUCAGGAGUCAUCCAAACAGGACUUUUAUUUAAUAGUCAACAAAGGAGAGCGAAGACAUAUGCGAAGGGGAGGGAAGUUCAUGAUGCACUUGAGGUCAGCGGACAGCGGAGACUACAAAUGUGAAGUCACCAUCGCCAACAUCACCAAGACCAGCGAGCAGGUUCCGGUGAAGGUCUAUGCUCCAGUCACCAAGCCUGAACUCAAACAAAUUAUUAAGGAUAACAAAAUGGUGGUCCUCGGGGACACCCUAAUACUAACCUGCAGAUCACCUACCGGCACCCCUCCCAUCGAAUACACCUUGUACCGAGAGGGGGUGCUGCUUGAGAGUAAGGAGAAGAAGGACAAUAGUGAGGUCACAUUCAUGGUCAACACCACCAAGCUCCAUGAUCUGGGACACUACCAAUGUAGCGCCUCCAACAGGAACCAGAAGUCCAGUGCACUCAGCGAGGUUCUCAACGUCACGGUUAUCACUCCCGUUAGAGAAGUAAGCCUUCUAAUUAUCCCUGGAAACGGAGAAGUAGAGGAGGGGGCGGAGCUUUCCUUGGUCUGUGAGGCGAAAUAUGGAACUUUGCCCCUCACCUUCUAUUUUUACGUCAAGAAAGGCGCCGAAAUCCUACUGAGAAACGUGACCGAAACGGACAUCAUGCACGCGCAGCACACGGUGUCAUUGUUCACCAAGGAAAAGGACGGCGCCUACUUCUGUAAGGCUUCCAACAAAGCCAACAAGAUCGCCAGCAGCGGGAGCGUGGAAGUAAAAGCCAUCCUCGCCAGAUGGAAGGCGGCCGUCAUUGCCACGUUUGUCUUCGUCAUUAUCGUGGCUGCCAUUGCCAUCGCCCUCUACUUAUACCUGGACAAAAAGAAAAAAGGGAAAAACAUUUUGAGUGACUCAUCGAGAUCAUCAAAGGCUGUUAAUUCCAGCGGUGAGAAGUCAGCGGCAGACGUAAAAAGCGAUGACUCGUAUUUUGGCAGUGUACAGAAUGAAGAAGAGCUACAUAUCCUGAGAACGGCAGAAGAAACCAACGGAAACAACCAGCAGAACCAUGAAGUAGAGUACACAGAGGCCGACGGUUCAGCACCGGAUCCUCAUCACGAUUCUGUAGAGAACAACUCGAAUGAAAACCCCAACACCAACAACCUCACAUAGAGACGAAGGACCUCCCCCCCCCUCCCGGGGCAACAUGGAUCAAUAAAAGUCCCUCCUCCUCGUCGCGUAUUGUGGUGCGGCACCCCCAAUAACCGACAUCAUCCUCUUUGAAACCGCCAAAGGGUCCGGCGCCUGGCAACCCCGUUUUUACAACCAGUCAAUUUCCCCGCAAUCCAAAACCACUAUAUGGUGGGUUCUUCAUCCUGACCAGGGGGGGGAGGGGCCUGGAACCCACGAGACGGAAUCCAUGUUUCUAUGUUUACAAGAGACCCGUGUCAAUUUUAAAGACAGUUCUGGGUUGGGGGAGGCUUCAUAGCACAUCUCAUGCCACCAGCAGUUUAUGGGGCACAGCUGCUUGGAGGGGGACCCCCCCCCCCCCCGAUAUCAUUUACAGAAACCUCCAAUGGGCGGGAACCUGCGAAGAGCGUUACAGAGGCGUGAUAGGUCUACGAGGAGCGUGUCAAGAAACCGGUGCACAGGGACACAACUCUACAAAAAUGGAAGAAAUGGCUCGGCCCAUAUGGGAAUUUGUCUCCGCCCCCUCCCCCAUUGCGUCCUUUCAGUAUGUCCGACGUUAGCUUUACCCCUUUAUCUAUAAAGAAAACCAAAAACACUGGAAUCUGCAUUGCAUCAUUUUGUAUUUGCUUGUUGUAAAUAAAGAUUUUAUACCAUUGAA